AUGAAUAAAAUGAACAUAUUUAUGCCAUUCCAACUGUUUAAAUUCGCCUAUAAGCGUUUUUCAAAUCUUCCAUACAGAGCAAAGAUAUAUUUGGGUUUGUUGACGACGGGAGCAAUAGUAUGGCCGAAAUAUAACAAGGCGCCAUCAAUAAAGUCGGAAAAUAUACAUAAAAGAGCAAUAACGGACUACGUGUAUAUGGAUAUCGCAAUGGACAACGUGUACCUGGGAAGAAUACUAAUAGGAUUGUACGGAAGACUGCUGCCGCUGACAGUGGAAAACUUUAUCAGCAUGUGCGAAGGGUUCGUAGUCAAGGACAAAAAAAUAGGAUACCUGAACACGAGAUUCGAUAAAAUAAUGCCAAACACAGCAAUAGUGGGAGGAAAGUUGUUUAACAACAAGGGGAAGCUGGACUCGUGCACAAUAUACGGAAGAAGGAUGCCAGAAGAAUCGUUCGACACAAGCUUCAUACAGGAAGGAGACGUGGCGAUGUUGAGUGACGGACCACUGGGAGUGUCCUCGAGGUUUUUCAUAACCCUGACGAGGAAUCCGGGGUUUCAGCAAAAGUCAGUGGUGGUAGGCACAGUGGUCAAGGGAAUGAAGCUGAUAAGAAUGAUAGGAGAAGGAGCGAGAAAGGACGGAAUGCCGAACAGAGAUAUAAGGUACCCAGGUAAAAGCUAA